AUGGAGCUCGCUCGUCGGCACAACCGGCUAAUCUUCCUGAGCAUCGGCUACUCGGCCUGUCACUGGUGUCAUGUUAUGGAGAAAGAGUCAUUCAUGUCGCAAGAGGUUGCCUCGAUUCUCAAUGAAUCCUUCAUUCCAAUCAAGGUUGACCGAGAAGAGCGACCUGAUGUUGAUGACAUAUACAUGAACUAUGUGCAAGCAACCACAGGGUCCGGAGGUUGGCCGUUGAAUGUUUUCCUGACACCCGACCUGGAGCCCGUGUUUGGCGGCACGUACUGGCCUGGCCCGAACACGGCAUCGUUGUAUGGCCCUGACACUGUUAGCUUCAUCGAGAUCUUGGAAAAGCUGCGCGAUGUAUGGCAAACUCAGCGACAGCGCUGUCUGGACAGUGCAAAAGAGAUUACCAAGCAAUUGAGGGAGUUUGCGGAAGAAGGCACCCACACUUACCAGGGUGACCAAUCCGAUGAAGACCUAGAUGUCGAACUUCUAGAGGAAGCCUAUCAGCAUUUUGCAUCUCGCUACGAUGUGAACAAUGGAGGAUUUUCGAGAGCGCCGAAGUUUCCCACGCCAUCCAAUUUGAGUUUCCUGCUCCGCCUAGGGAUUUACCCGAGCGCAGUGACUGAUAUUGUUGGGCAAGAAGAAUGUGAAAAUGCUACGGCCAUGGCGGUCAGUACACUUGUCAGUAUGGCUCGCGGGGGCAUACGGGAUCACAUCGGCCAUGGAUUUGCGCGCUAUAGUGUGACAGCCGACUGGGGGCUUCCUCACUUUGAGAAGAUGUUAUAUGAUCAGGCCCAGCUCUUGGAUGUUUACGCCGAUGCAUUCAAAAUAACCCACAAUCCCGAGCUUCUCGGUGCGGUGUACGAUUUGAUCACGUAUCUCACAUCUGCGCCAGUUCAGUCAACGACCGGUGCUUUCCAUUCGUCCGAGGAUGCAGACAGUCUACCGACCCCUAACGAUACAGAAAAGCGAGAAGGUGCUUUCUACGUCUGGACCCUGAAGGAGCUGACUCAGGUCUUGGGACCACGGGACGCUGGAGUCUGCGCUCGCCACUGGGGUGUGCUUCCCGAUGGAAACAUCGCACCAGAAAAUGAUCCUCAUGACGAGUUCAUGGACCAAAAUGUCCUCUCAAUCAAGGUUACCCCAAGCAAGCUAGCCAAGGACUUCGGUCUGGGUGAGGACGAAGUCGUGCGAAUCAUCAAGUCGGGCAGGCAAAGGUUGCGCGAAUAUAGGGAUAAGAACCGCGUGCGGCCAGAUCUCGACGACAAAAUAAUUGUAGCGUGGAACGGACUGGCGAUUGGUGCUCUGGCCAAGUGCGGUGUGCUCUUUGAAGAUAUCGAUAGCGCAAAGUCAGCCCAAUGUCGGGAGGCUGCAGCCAAGGCCAUCAACUUCAUCAAGGAGACCCUAUUUGACAAGGAGACGGGUCAGCUCUGGAGAAUUUAUCGUGACGGUAGCAAGGGAACGACUUUAGGAUUCGCGGAAGACUAUGCUUUUCUGAGUAGCGGUCUGCUGGACAUGUAUGAGGCCACAUUUGACGACACCUACUUGCAGUUCGCGGAACAGCUACAACGCUAUCUUAAUGACAACUUUCUCGCAUAUGUAGGGUCGACCCCUGCAGGCUACUACACCACCCCAUCAACAUCAGUCCCGGGUAACCCCGCUACUCUGCUCCGGUUAAAGACCGGCACCGAGUCGGCCGUGCCAUCAGUCAACGGGGUUAUUGCACGAAACCUUUUGCGCCUUUCCAGUCUUCUUGAAGAGGAAAGCUACCGCGUUCUCGCUCGCCAAACCUGCCAGUCCUUCGCGGUAGAAAUCCUCCAACAUCCCUUCCUCUUCGUCGGCCUAUUGGACGCAAUUGUGGGAUUGGAAACAGGAACACGAAACGUAACAGGCAUAUUCGCUACAGUGUCUCCGACGGGCUCAAGCUCUUCAAGCGAAAGACAUUCACCAGCGCCCGACCGGGACGCCCUGGUCAAGAAGAUUCGUGCAGAGGCGGGUCUAACCCUAUCAUCGUCCUCAAACACCGUUGCGUCUCUGGUGGAGGUCUAUCAUUCGCCUCUUGGGGUAUCCAGUGGAGAGCACUCGCUCUGGCUACGACGGCGGAAUGCAUUAUUCAAGGAUCUGAAGGCUGGAAAUAAGAACUAUUUGCUUGUUUGUGAAGAGGGGCGCUGUCGGACCGUCGAUCUGUGA